AUGACUUUGACAUUUAGGGUUUGGUUGCAAUCUUUUGCAGACACACCAACUCCAUGGCAGAUGGGUUUUCAAGACCCAGCGACUGCAAGCAUGGAGGGUAUUAUUGAUCUGCAUCACGACAUCUGCUUUUUCCUGCUAAUCUUGGUUUUAGUUUUGUGGGUAGGCGGCCGUAUUGUGACGAGCUUUCAUCGUACACAACGACCAGAGACAGAACGAUUCACGCACCACACCAAUCUGGAACUGGUGUGGUCCAUUUUACCAAGUUUAAUUGUAACCCUGAUUGCAUUGCCCUCUUUAACCUUGAUCUACACCUUUGAUGACUUGGUGGCAAAACCAGCACUCACAGUCAAAGUGGUCGGGCGUCAGUGGUUCUGGUCUUAUCAAAUGAAAGAGCACAUCCAACAGUCCCUAGUCAACCCAGACUUGUUGUUGGACCUUUCAAUCUCGAGGGUCAUUAAAGACGGCCCUCAGCAUCACUUUUAA